AUGGCGGCGGCUCCGGCGGCGGCGGCUCCUGCUCCUGCUGUGGCGUCAGGCCUGCCGGUGGUGGCGUCGAACUUGGUCGAGUACAGCCUCCAAGACAUUUCCUACAAGCUGAAGAGUGCCACAUGCCACGAGCUGAAGGUCUUAGCCAGUCCUGAUGAUCCCCUGGUCUUUCACUUUGAGGACGAGCAGGAGGCGCAGAAGUGGUGGACUGUCGUUAGCAGCUCCCUCCGGGAGGUACACAAAGCUCCUGAGGGUGUCGGGGUUCUCACUGGAUGGUCUCCUCACUAUCCUUCGGCUAUGGUGAAUGCAGGGCCUGUGCGGGAACUUGAUGCUUCCCUGCCCGUGGAACUUGCAAGGAAAGAAGAGUUGACGCGCCGUCUUUGUGCUGCUAUUGAGCUUGGAGACGAGGAGGAGGCUGUGCGAUGGGCCACAGCACUUGCACAGCAGCGCACCCCUCUGCGGAUUUUGCUGAAGGAGUCCUGCUACCCCACGAGUGAGAUCAGCAUGAAGGUGCAAGUGGAAGAUGCUCUCCACUCAGCCCGCUUCACCACGCGUGUCCACACAUUCACCACCAUCGCCGCCCUCAGGCAGCAGGUCUUUCAGGAUUAUGACUUCCACCCCAGCGUCCAGCGUUGGAUCAUUGGGCAGUGCCUCUGUGUGGAUGACCGAACGCUUGGCUCGUAUGGGAUCCGGAAGGACGGAGACGUAGCCUUUCUUUACCUGCUGACAGCAAAGGGUGCCAAGCUCUCGGAGCAGCGUUACAAGGAGGACAAAGACUGGGUGGUCCUCCAGCCGGCCUCCUCGUCGCUCGUUGACGGUCCUAACGCCAGUCGCAAAUAUAGCACUUUGCCCAACCCUCUGCCAAAGAAAGGUGUGAAAGAUGGCAACCGGAAGAUGGACAUUGGGGAGAUCAGCCAAUUUCUGGGCUCUCUCAGGGUCAAUAAUCUUCUGUCCGGCCAUGCCCGCACUCCACCUGCCCCAAAUGCUGUCCCUCAUCCUGCCCCUCCUUCCCCCGUACAGGCCGGCUGGUCGUGUCCUACCUGCACGUUUAUCAAUAAGCCCACCCGCCCUGGCUGUGAGAUGUGCAGCGCCGACCGGCCUGCCAACUACGUGAUUCCUGGGAGCUACAGACCGGAUGAGACCGAGCUGUGGCGCAUGCAGCAGGAAAAGGAGGGGAUCCUGCAGUACCAGAAGGCCUUGGAGCAGAGAAGGCUGCAGAACUUCCAGCAGUUGUGCCAGCUGGACGAAGAGGCGCUGGUGCUGAACCAGGAGGAGUUGGAGUGUCGCAUUUGCUAUCUAGAGGUGAAGCCAGGGGAGGGAGUGCUGCUGCGGGAAUGCCUGCACAGCUUCUGCAGGGACUGCCUGCGCCAGCUGAUCAACUGGACGGAGGAGCCCCAGGUGGCUUGCCCCUUCCGGGACGACUCCUAUGCCUGCGACAGCCACCUCCAGGACCGGGAAAUCCGGGCGCUGGUGUCUCGGGACGAGUACGAACGGUUCUUGGAGCGGCGGCUGGCGGUGGCCGAGAGCCGGGCCCAGAACAGCUACCACUGCCGGACAGCCGACUGUCUGGGCUGGUGCAUCUACGAGGACGAUGUCAAUGAGUUUCGCUGUCCCAUCUGCUGGGCCCUCAACUGCUUGGUCUGCAAGGCCAUUCACGAGGGCAUGAACUGCAAGCAGUACCAGGACAAACUGCAGUUUGAGGCCCACAAGGAUGCUGCUGCCCGGGAGACCAGCGAGAUGCUCAAGACGCUGGUGCUCCUGGGAGAGGCCAUGCACUGCCCCGUGUGCCGCAUCGUUGUGCAGAAGAAAGGGGGCUGCGACUGGCUCCGGUGCUCCGUCUGCCAGACCGAGAUCUGCUGGGUGACCAAAGGGCCACGCUGGGGGCCAGGGGGUCCGGGCGACACCAGUGGAGGCUGCCGGUGCAACGUGGAUGGAGAGAGGUGCCACCCCGAUUGCCGGAACUGCCACUGACGGAGCACCUGCAAGAGGAGCAAGAGGUCUGACGAGAUACAACCGGUCUGGGGGCUUCGUCGGUGUUUUGUUGAAUCCCCUUGACUCACCUGGAUGGCCUCCCCUUUUGCCAGGACCACCGCUUGGAGACAAGGGAGGCAGGAAGAAGGUUCCUCCUUCCGUCUCGCCCUCCCCCCCAAAACCCUGGACCACCCAGGGAUGGUACUCCUCACCUUCCAGUGAGCAAGCCUCGCUGGGCCUUCCUUGGAGGGCUGAGAAGAUCUGCCUUAGGAAUAUGUUUGCAGGCUGAGGACUAGAAGUAGGUUCCCCCACCCCCACCCCGUUGUUCCUCUACUGUGCCUGUGGACUCAGCUGCGCUAACGGGUCACACUAUCCUUCAUCUGUUGCCACAGAUACUUGGGUCCUUCAAGCUGCUUCUGGACAAGCACCUGGUUUUUAACCGACCAUCUGGGGCAGCAGCCAGUGUGUGGUGAGACAUUUAGGGUGAUGAUGGGCGAGAUCAGCAGCCAGGAAGGACAGACAGAAGGCUUUGAUUUAUAUGUUACUACACAGUGGAAACAAACCCCAUCAAUAAAAAAAGACGUGUACUGGGACCGUGAAAUACAUUCUUUAAAACAGCCAGGGAGUGUGGGGUUGAAGAUGAUGGCAUCCUGCUGAAGCUAAGACUGCCUCGCAGGAGACAUCCAAGAGCAUAAGAGCAGCCCUCUGCUGGAUCAGGCUGAGGGCCCCUCUGGUCCAGCUCCCUGUAUCUCACCAUGGCCCCCACCAGACGCCUCUGGGAGUCCACGAGAGACCUGUCUCCUGAUCCCCCUCCCCUGCCUCUGGUCUUUGGAGGGACC